AUCAUCUAUAUCACCAACUUCAAAUCCUUCCAAGAUUCGCUUCUAUGUCAUAUUUAUAACCCACUAUUCGAUAUUGAAAAAACCCCUCUUGGGUAAAAUAAAAACAACAUGGCGUCUCUCAAACCCAAUGCGAAAAGACGUCGUCUCGACCACGCAUCAUCUGCUGCGGCACUUUCUAAGCCGUUCAAGUCCCCUCUUCGCAGGCAGCCAGAGGAGUCCAAGGGGGAAAAUGCACCUCUAAAGAAAGAAGAAAGUGCAUUGCUUUCUUCUAAUGCCAUAAACCAAGCCGCCAGAACCAGCAGUCACCUAUCACAGAAUCCAUCUCCGAAACCAAGCUCCUUCGUCCCAGAUUCCCUCUCUACAAAUUCAUUGGCUACACCCUCCUCCCCUUUCCGCAAAAUGAGAACACCCGGUGAGCGUCUCACAUUCAGUAUGAGACCUAUCCUUCCAGAUCCUGCGGUAUUAAAUCUCCAGAAACAACAGCGAGUCUUACAGUCACGCCUCGCGGCUCUACGCUCAGAGCUCGAAACAGUACAGCAAGCUCUGCAAAUUGAAUCAUCCAACAGGGACGACGAACUUGAAGCCUUGAUUGUGAAAUGGAGACGUGUGAGCCAGAACGCGGCAGAUGAAGUUUUUACGGGUGCUCAGGAACGGGUUUCCCGGAUGGGAGGCAUCAAAGCUUGGAGGGAGCGAAUGAAGAAUGAUAGUGCACGAUGGGAGCAAGAGGAAAUGGAAUCCUGGUUCGGGAAUGUGGAUGUUGAAGGGGCUGACCUGGAUGAAGAUGAGUUGCAAGCUCGCAAGGCUGACAUUAUGGGGGAGAUUGAUGAGAUUAAGGAGGGACUUGGGGGAGAAGCAAAGGAACCUGAGGACUUUACUAUGGACUUUAUGUUGAAGACGCUGAAUAUUGACCUUAGGACUAUCGGUUACGACCAGUUGAACCAGAAAUGGACUAAUGGAUAAUGGGUUAUGUACCUUGUAUUGCUAGAUUAAUAUGUCUGGGAGGGUUUUUUUCUUCUUUCUUUCUCGUCCUGAGCUAUGAUGUAUGAGUUCGAUGAUGCUAUUUUCCUGCAAAUGCUCUCUCAACCAUGAUGCUAUCCAUUCCAUUGCGGAGUUCAAAUAGAUUCCUGGGAAUUACUUAAAGCAAUAGAAGC